AUCGCAAAACAAAAGUAGAGGAUAGGCGUCACCCCACAAUCCCUUCAUCUCUCUCCUCACUCCAACACUUGUUCACCAAUUCGAGCUCUGUAACAACCAACAAUGGCGCAACCUCUAUCAGCCUACCACUACCACCAUGCCGCAGUUGCACCAUCUUCUUCCUCCAUUACUUCCCCAAAACUCAGAAAACUCUCUUCCUCUCUCCUCACUCCUUCUUCCCUAAGCUUAUCCUCUAACCCCAGAAACUCCCUUCAAUUUUUCAACAACAAACUCUUCCUUUCUUCUCCUUCUUCUUCUUCUCACCGCCGUCUUUCCAUUGUUGCCAUGGCUCCCAAACCCGGUGGCAAAGCUAAAAAGGUGAUUGGAGUGAUAAAGCUUGCGUUAGAGGCUGGAAAGGCGACACCAGCGCCACCAGUGGGACCAGCGUUGGGUUCAAAGGGUGUGAAUAUAAUGGCAUUUUGCAAGGAUUAUAAUGCUAGAACUGCUGAUAAACCUGGAUUUGUUAUUCCUGUUGAGAUCACUGUUUUUGAUGAUAAAAGUUUUACUUUCAUUUUGAAGACUCCACCUGCUUCUGUUCUUCUUCGGAAGGCUGCAGGUGUUGAAAAGGGAUCAAAGGAUCCAAUGAGAGAAAAGGUGGGGAAGAUCACAAUUGACCAACUACGACAAAUUGCCAAUGAAAAGUUGCCUGACUUGAAUUGCUCAAACGUUGAAUCAGCAAUGAGAAUUAUAGCAGGAACUGCUGCUAACAUGGGAAUUGACAUCGACCCUCCUGUCCUAGAAAAGAAGAAGAAAGAAGUAAUCCUCUAAGCAAUUUUGUUUCCCUACUCUUUCUUGUAGUCAAUCUAUAUAGGCUGUUUAAAUGUUCUUUGUGAUCGAUUUUUUAAAGAUGUUGUGUAACUCGGACUUACUACUCUGUUCAAAUUUUAAUAUAGUCUGCCAAUUGUAAUUGCUCAUUCUUCUCUUGCUUGGCGAGGUUGAUUUCUUUUCUA